UGCUCACUGGCACCAUCUGGCUUGGAGUAGAGCAUUGAGAAGAGUUAUACAUAUGUAUAGGAGUACCCUGCUGAUUUGUGAGCGUAGUGGAAGUGGGCAAAAAAUGGCGAUGACCUGUGUCACUGCUGAGGAGGAGGAUCGUCAAUAAUAGUGACAUCUGAUAAUCAACAAAUGACUCGAAUUCGGUUAUAGUUAUAAAUAACAAAAAUGAGUUGUGCGUGCCACCGCCAGCGUAUUUGAGUGGGUGAACGGUGAUCUUGUGAGUGGUGAAAUAUUCCGAUUUAAAAGUACCAAAAACUCGGAACUGGUGGUUGCGAAACGUCACAGAACAACCCAUACAAGGACUCGUUAGGGUAACCAGCUUGAGAAUGGAUCAAGAAACAGUAUAUGGCACGCACGAGGAUAGUCAUGUUGUCAUGUCAGAGAAAGUACAGUCUCUGGCAGGGAGUAUUUAUCAGGAAUUUGAACGUAUGAUAGCAAGAUAUGACGAAGAUGUAGUCAAAGAACUGAUGCCACUUCUAGUCAAUGUUUUGGAAUGCUUAGAUCUAGCUUAUACAGAGAAUCAAGAACACGAAGUUGAACUAGAACUAUUGCGCGAAGAUAAUGAACAGCUUGUCACGCAAUAUGAAAGGGAAAAGCAGCUGAGAAAAACUUCAGAUCAGAAACUAUUGGAAUUGGAGGAUGUAGCUGAGGAUGAGAGGAAAGAACUGCUGUCAAAGAUUGAUAGCCUAGAGUCAAUUGUCCGAAUGUUGGAGUUGAAGACCAAAAACUCUCACGACCACGGUACAAAAGACAAUGUCAUCUCCAGUCCAUUCCCUCACAGAACUCACCUUUACAUGGUCCGCCUAGAAGAAAAGGAAUCUGAGAUGAAGCGUGAAUACUCUCGAUUGCACGAACGAUAUACAGAGUUAUUCAAGACGCAUGUAGAUUACAUGGAACGUACGAAAAUGUUAGUUGGGAGUACGGAAAGAUUAGAGAGCACAACAGGGGGAAGAGGUCCUUCACGUCUACCUUCUCUAGGAUUAGCUCAUAUGUCAAGAAGCUCUGGUCCCCUGAGCUAUGGGUUCCAAAGUUUGGAAGCAAGUAUAAAUGCUGAUGAUGGCCAGGAAGAAAGUCCGCCUAACGGAGCUAGCCUCAGAGCUGAAAUGUUAGACAGCAGUAGUGAAGCAGCUAUUGAAACUUCUGACAAAAGUCAGCUCACUGAUCAUCCUGCACAAGAAAAUAAGACUACUGCAAUUUCGAGACAAGAAAGUCCAGAAACGGAACUACCUCCUGUGGUUAUAACACCAACGACACCAAGUGCUCCUGAAAAAAUUGCUACAACUCCAAGUGGUCGAACUAGAACGGAUAAGGAACAACGUAGUGGAAAUACUUUGUAUCAAGAGCUUAGUUUUCAGGAUGCAGAUGCUCUUGGUGAAAUGGAUGAAGGUGCAGACAUCACGGGGAGCUGGGUACAUCCUGGGGAAUAUGCGUCAUCGGUCAAUGACAACUUUUUUGGCAUGGGAAAAGAAGUGGAGAACCUUAUCAUGGAGAACAAUGAACUUUUGGCUACUAAAAAUGCGCUAAACAUUGUCAAAGAUGAUCUGAUAGUAAAAGUAGAUGAGUUGACUAGUGAGCAAGAAAUAUUAAGAGAAGAAGUUAGAGCUUUACAACAGGCUAGAGAACGUCUUAGGCAAAAGGUUUCUGUACUGGAAGAAGAGCUUAAAAAAACCAGAGAAGAGGCAGAAACAGCAGCAAAGGCAACAAAGAGUGACGAUGAAGAAGAUGUACCAUUAGCUCAAAGAAAGAGAUUCACUAGGGUGGAAAUGGCUCGAGUACUCAUGGAAAGAAAUCAGUACAAAGAGAGAUUUAUGGAACUUCAAGAAGCUGUUAGGUGGACUGAGAUGCUUAGAGCCUCCAGGACUGUUCCAGCCAGUAUAUCAAGUGGAAAACAAUCAGUAUGGAAGUUUUUUAGUAAUCUCUUCACAGGCCCGGCAGACCGAGGGGGACUUGCUCGAGGUCCACACACGUUACCACAUGUGCGCUACAGUGCCCCCACUAACCAAAUAACCCCAGCUCCAGCCCUAGAUGCAAUGCGUAGGCGCACCAUGAAGAAUCGGCAUGACUUUCUCGACCAAGGAGACACCAUGUCCUCUGAAAAGUUAGUCGCUCGACGAGCUAAUGAACGAAGAGAACAAUAUCGGCAAGUUCGAGCUCAUGUAAGAAAAGAAGAUGGUCGAUUGCAAGCAUAUGGCUGGAGCUUACCCGGCAAGCCAAGUGCUCCUGCUAGACAACCUGUGCCCGUUCCGGUCUAUUGUAGACCACUUCAGGAAACUGAACCAGGCAUGAAGAUAUGGUGUGGGGCUGGUGUUAACUUGAGUGGAGGAAAGACACGAGAUGGGGGUAGCAUGGUGGGUGGCAGUGUAUUUUAUGCUGCAGAAGCACAGGAGAAAAAUAUUAAGAUCGCCGAAGAUGCCGUUGAACAUUUAGAUAAAGAACUCCAAGAAAAUGAACAGCAACGUUUGGAAGCAGAGCGUUUGGAACAGCAACUCAGUUCUUUGGUCUGGAUUUGUACAUCGACACAGAAAAUGUCAAAAGUCACUGUCAUUGACGCGAAUAAUCCAGCAGAUAUUUUGGAGUCUUUCAAUGUUUGUCAAAGUCAUUUGUUGUGCAUUGCCAGUGUUCCAGGUGCUAAGGAAAGUGAUUAUCUAUUAGGUUCGAACGAUAACUCUGUUCAGACCAACGGAGCUGGUGAUCAAAAUAGUAACAGUGAACCAGUUUCCUUAGAACUGAGUGACGCCAGAGAAAAUAGCGAUUCUAAAGCAGAAGACAUAAUUAAAAACGAUGUUGACAAUCAAAAUUUAGAGGAACCUAAUCCGGCCGAGGAUCAAGAAAAGAUUGAAGUAGAUCCAAAUAGUAAUACAGAACCGCAAAGCUUGGAAAGCAUUGAUAGUGAAACGGCAAACUUGGGGAAAGUGCAAUUCGUCAAGAGUGUGCUAGAACCAACUGUGCAAAGUAACGAUGUAAAUUCAUCGACAGAAAAAAUGUCGUCUAUACAACCGACUAUGUGGUUGGGUGCUCAAAAUGGUGCUGUCUUUGUUCAUUCAGCUGUGGCAAAUUGGACUGUCUGUCUACAUACUGUCAGGUUAAAAGACGCCGCAUUAGCCAUCGUACAUGUUCAAGGAAGAGUUCUAGUAGCUUUAGCUGAUGGGACGGUCGCAAUAUUCAGAAGGGGUUCAGACGGUCAGUGGGACCUCUCACAACAUCAUAUAAUCACACUUGGUAGUCCACAGCAUUCAAUUAGAUGUAUGACUGCCGUAACUGGUAGAACUGUAUGGUGUGGAUAUAGGAACAAAAUACACGUUGUUGAUCCUAUUCUUCUGAAUCUGGAGUGCACAGUUGAUGCUCAUCCACGCAGAGAGUCGCAAGUGCGGCAGCUUGCCUGGUUGGGUGAAGGCGUCUGGGUCAGCAUUAGAUUAGAUUCUACAUUGAGGCUAUACCAUGCUCAUACUUAUCAACAUCUCCAGGAUGUUGAUAUAGAGCCCUAUGUCAGCAAGAUGCUUGGAACUGGAAAACUAGGGUUUUCAUUUGUGAGAAUCACAGCUCUAUUAAUCUCAUCUAACAGACUAUGGAUAGGAACAGGAAACGGAGUUAUAAUAUCGGUGCCUUUAUCCGAAAGUGCGGGUGGUGCUAUGGCAGUGUCACGGGCGCAAGCAGGAAUGAAAGCUGAUGCGCCUGGCGUCGGUAUUAGAAUAUUUGCCUCUGAUAAAGGAGUAACACCUGGUAGUUUUGUACCCUACUGCAGCAUGGCUCAUGCGCAGCUCAGCUUUCAUGGCCAUCGAGAUGCUGUUAAGAUGUUUGUCGCUGUACCUGGACAAGGAGGUCAAAGUAUUGUUACCGAUGGUUCUCAACCAGCUAUGCUGGUUUUAUCUGGGGGUGAGGGGUACAUUGAUUUUCGAGUCGGUGACGGAGAUGAAACCGAAGAUGGAAUUGAAAGGUCAAAUCUUGCCGUAAACUCUGAGGAGCAUGGAGAACAGAGUCACUUAAUUGUUUGGCAAGUUCAGUGCCCUCUACCAGCACCAAUCACUGCAUAAAAAUAUGACAAAUCUAGAAUUUAAGUCGCUCGAUUAUCGAUUAUUAUAUUAAAUUCGUAUCGCUGCUAAAAUUCAAAAAAUCAUCUAAAAAUUCGAUGCUGACGAGGUUUUUUAAAAAAAAUUGGAUUCAAACGGUUAAGCGUCUUUGGCAGAGUGAUUUUCAUUCCUUUGAAUAUAUCAACUUCAGCGUCACAUAACACGAACUGUGAUCUGAGUGAAUGUUAUAAUUGUAACGGCGUAUUUUGCAUAACUUUUCACGUAGUAAAAAUAAUCACUAUUAUUCAUUGAAAAUAUUUCCAAUGUGCAUAGACGCUUGGCUUAUUAUUCAGAGGGAUCCACGAUGGUAUAACGCAGCUGAUUUACAAUUAUCCAAGCCAGAUAAGACAUGGAAAAUUAAUGUUUGGAAAAAAAUAUUCAAAUGAUACUGUAAAUUGGUGAUUGAAAAUUUUCAAUCUCCUACAGGAUUUAGCAAGUUUUGAAACUUCUCUGCCUCCUUUCAUUUCAGAUGUGUUUCUCCUUGAUAACGAGGCGUAAUAAAAAAUUUACGAUAAAUAUAAUCCUGUAGAUGAAUACAGAUUUCAUCUUACUAUUCUAGAUAUCGGUACAAAACUUAGUUAUUAAUUAUUAUUUUAGUAAAUUCCGUGAUUAAAAUAAUAUACUGAUUGAAAACUUAACAUCACUAAACAAAAGAAAAAUAAAAACAACAGUCAAAAUAGGCGAUGACACACCGAACUAUUGAGACUUGACUCAACAUUCUAGAUCUUCAAUUAUGUUCACAAUUAUUAGGUCUAUUUAUCAAAAGGCAUUAUUUAGAAUAUUAUAUUUAUUUUAUUACAUACAAAUAACUAAAAUAAUUAACGAUUCAGAUUCUUGUCUAUUUUGUUGCAAUUUUAUUUGUGAUAUUUACAUUACGGGCAGGUUGCAUACGAUUUUUUAUUUAAAAAAAAUUUCAGAUAAUUUAUCAAGUUCUCGAAUAAGGAAAGCAACAAUUUUUUUUCCUGUUAUAUACAUACACGAAGGUAUACAUAUGUAUACUUCUUACACGCGUUUUAAGAUGGGGUUAAUUUCUUAUCUAAUCGAUUCUUACAAAGUUAUUUGUAAAAUUAUUAAUAAUGAUAAUAACAAUAUACAGAAUGAUAUAUGUACGGUCAUUACCCGUGCAUGAAGAUACUUCGUUUUUAUUUAUUUAUUUUUUUUUGUUUAUUCUGUUUGAUUCCCGCGCAGUGCGCUUUUCAAUCAUCAUCGGACGCUUUUUAUGAGUGAAUGUGAAUCAUGCUUAAUUAAUUUUAAUCAUAUCUGCACUAGGAUCUACAAUCUAUGUCUAUAAUUAAUUUAUAAUAAAUUAUAUUAGAAAUUAAUAAACUUAGAUGUAAAUUAUAAUGUACAGUUCUAUUACGUUAUUUUAAUCGGACCAAAAUGAUAACGCGAUGCGAUCAAUCAUUUUGGAAAAAAAAAUGUAUGCUUUUAUACUUGUGACUUAUGCUGAAUGAUAAGUCCCACUCAAAUUGUUGAAAUUCAUCUCCGUUGCUAAAAUAUGAAAAAAUUAAUCAUUUUACACGAGUUAAAUGGCGAGCGAACGGUUUUUCGUCAACAAUUAGAAAUCUAUUACAACUUAUAACAAUCAGUGAUCUCAAAUUCUGCAAUCAUUGUAAUUUGAAAAACAUGAAAUUUAUGAUUUAAAUAACCAACAAAGAUUCAUUAUACGUUGCGCCUUUAACUAAUGGAUUUCGUCGCAUUUUUUUUUUUUUUUACGAGAAGGUAGAAAAACUGCGUUUGAAAUGUAAAACCCUUAUUGAAAUUAUUAAUGAUAUAAAUAUUUAUAGUAUGGGCUUAUCGAUAUCCGAAUAUUCCAUAAUAUUGAAUCACAAUUCUUUUUAUUCAACAGUGCGUAGUAUAUGGCCGCUAGUGAUAGCCUGAAAUGAUCAAAAUAAUACAAGCGGUAUCGGGUUACGAAUGACAUGAACCUAUAGACAAUUCUUUUAAAUUAUUCCCACUACCCCAUGAAAUUCUGAGCCUGGUCAUGAACCAAUUUCGAGCGAAGGAUUCGAUUCUGUAAAUACUGUAACGUUGUUGUUGUUAUAAUUAUUAUAAUAAUUAUCAUUAUUACUAUUACUACUACAUCUACCACAGAAUAAUCUAUAUUUAUUUAUUAUUAUCAUUAUUAUCGGAUGCAGUAAUUUAACAUGGAAAAACUGACUCUCUUCUCUUACCAAAGAUACGAAAAACCGAAAAUGAUAUUGGAAAGAAAGAUUUUAAUUCGAAGCUUUCAUGAAAUUUUGCUUUUGCGAAAAAAAAAGCUUGAAAGGAAAUAUACAUGUUAGAUUAUACCAUCACGCAAAUUAUAUAUACUUUUAUUUGAUACACUUGAUUAUUUUUGGCUUAUCAUGUCACUUUCAAGGCACGGGCUAAACGAUUAAGUUCAAAUAAGUUCAUUUAGAAUGAAUCUUGUUAUACCUAUUUAUAUAAGAUGAACUGCUAGCUGAUUGGCGCUAAUGAAAAAAAUAAAUGAUAAUAAUAAUAA